AUGAGCAACACAUGGGAGAUGGCUUCGGCCUUGUUGGAGGGAGAGAAGGCUCGGCGAGAGGAGGUAGUGGCUGCCAUUUGCCGCCGGAAGGGAAUGACACCGGAGCAGGUGAGAAUGGUGUACGAGAUGGCCAAGGAGCACAUGUGCCGUCAUCUAGCCGAUAAGGGAACUUUGCCGACAGAGUCGACAAGGUAUUUCGCGUGGUUGAAAGACGAGAACAUGUGGGAUUUUUCCUGUAACUAUGUAUACCGCGGACGACUUCUUAGAUACCCAGUAUGGAGAGCAAACUUCGCCUUAAUUGGAAAAGGAGAAGACUCGCCUCCACUCCCCUACGAAAGAGCACCCCGCGCCGAGGACCCGGAGCGCGCCGUCGAGAUGCUGGCCUUCAGGGCCAAGUUCGUCCUCCGAGCCUCUCGACAAGUGGUCACCGAGGCAGCGCGCCCGGCAGCCAUCAAGCGAGAUGGCCUUGACAAAGACUUUGCGGCUGUCUCAGACUUUGUCUUAAGCCCACGCUUUGGCUGCUUAGCCGAAGCUGAGCUGUUGGGCGUAGUCGAGGACGCUGCUGCAGAAUUCGUUAGGCUACGCGUGCAGCAGCUGAUAGCCAAGCAGGCCGAGAUCGAGGAGUUCGUCGGGGCCGCCGCGUCAAGCAGCGUCCCGCGCGUGGCCUACCUGCAAUCCCCGUCCGCGUCCGGCAAGAGCAGCACCCUCAUCAUCCACUUACUGAGCCUGUUUCGCAAGCAACAGGAGUCGGAGAUCAAGUCUCAGCUCCGCGCGUCAGUGGAGGGGGAGGUCUUCUUCACGUCGUUUAUCGAUCCUUUAAUCCGCGAUCCCCGCGACCCGGGCGAAGGCAUCCCCGCCAUUGACGUCCUCUUAAUGUCGCCGCACGUAUCUUCGAGGACGGUCACGGCGUUCGAACGGCUCGCCUUCCCCCAUAUUGUGUACAUAGAGAUCCCCGACAACGACCCUGUGCCAACCAUCGAAGUCAUCGACCUCCUCGUGAUCGACUGCGCGUCAGAGGCGGUGCUUUUUGACGCCCGCACCGACCAGAUGGUCGUCGCCGAGAGGGUGAUGGAGAGAAACGAGGUGGACAGAGCGCUGUCCUGGGCGCGCAAGGUCCUGAAUCCCGGCAGCACCCGGGUCGUCGCGAGCCUAGACCCCGAGCACCUCCACCGCGUCGCCGACCCACCCGGCGCGGCCUGGAAUGCCGACCUGCCGCUGCUCGUGCUGCGGAUGUUCGACCUCUUCCCCCGCCGCAAGUUGGAGAGCCAGCCGAUGCGCCCGCCUCCCGACAUGUCGGCCUUCAUCGAGACCGUCAUCCGACUCCGCAACAUGGGGCUCGUCGAGACGACGGGAGACGGGCCGCGCUGGGCCAACACCGGAGAACGGGGCAUUCGCGCUGAUGAACCUCGCGAGAGCGCGCUCGGCGAGCAGGACCCCAACGUCAAGCGCGUGCUCAUCCGAAUGGCGGCCAUAUCGACGGUAGGCGUCAGGGCCUUCUGCCGGUUCGCGUCAUUCAACGAGAUUCGCCCGCCUGAAUCUGCCCCUCUACGCCUGCAGUUGCCCAAGGUAAAGUCCGAACAUGCUCGUCGACGAAGAAGUCGCAACCGGCUCGACAGGAUAUUUCGAACAACUACAACCAACUACAACAACGUCAACAACAACAACAACGUCAUCAUAGCAAACAUGGCCGGCCGAUAUGAGUCAAGGGGACGCCAGCUCCUCGAUGAGCGCGCAGGGAAAAUGAAAGAAUUGGUGACGGCGAUGAGAGGUGGGUUGGAAAGGGACGAGGACAUAGAAGUCGGUUACCAAGAGUUGAAAAGUAAGUUGGAAAAAUACGACGAUGAUGACCAUAGGCACCGAGUUGUCCUUGGAAACUGCUGUGCAAAUAACAGAGAGAUCACCGAUGCCAUUGAACAGGCGAUGGAUAGUUGGACGGACGCGCGCGGACAUCUGAUGAACGAGGUAUUUCUGAGGGAGAUGGACAAUUACCGCGACACCAUCUUCGCCCACGCCCUGAUGUUGACCGCGGCCGACGACACUGCCCAACCCAAGAUCCAGCCGUGGUCCGUCCUCCCGAACUGGACGGAGGACAGGAACCAGAGACUCCCCGAUCCCCCGUCCCCCGUAGGCGCUAUGGAGUUGGUGAGCAUGUUCUUCAGGAACGCGCUGGGCGAACGGCCUUGA